AUGUGCAUUCAGUUCGGGUAUCUCGCUUUGUUUUCUCCCGUCUGGCCAUUGGUUCCCGUUUCUUUCCUGAUCAACAACUGGGUCGAGCUCCGCUCUGAUUUCUUCAAAAUCAUCGUCGAGUGCAAGAGACCUUCUCCCAUUCGUGCGGACACCAUCGGACCAUGGCUCGAUACUCUAGGAUUCCUCUCAUGGGUUGGAAGCAUCACGAGCGCCGCCCUCGUCUACAUGUUCAACACAAGCACAAACGGACCAAAUGGCGAACCCUCGGCGAUCAAGGGAUGGGCGCUGCUGCUGACAAUCUUCUUCUCAGAGCACCUCUACCUCAUCAUUCGCUACGUGGUACAAGCGAUGAUGGCCAAGUUUGAGCCCCACAACGUACGCCGUGAAAAGUCUGAACGAUAUAUGAUCCGCAAGCGGUACCUCGAGUCGACCCUCGGCGCGCGGAGCAGUGACGAUGAGGAAGAGAUCCCAGCCAAGGAUGAAUCCAUGGAGAUCUCUGAUAUCACGCGGAAGACGCUCGAAGAUGAUGCUCGUACUUGGUCCAGCCAUGGUACGAAUGCUGAGGAGCGUUUCUGGAUGAGGCAAAAGGGCUGGAGGGAGGCUGCGAAGGUUGGAUCUUCUAUUAUCAAGAGUCAGGCUACGGACGCGGAUAAGAAGAAGCAACAGUAG